AUGUUUGGAGUAUACUUCCCCGACGACCUUCCGUCGCCUUCAUCUCGGGGAUCAAUAUACUACCAGCGAUCCUCUACUUCGUAUACACCGGGUGAACAUGCCAGUCCAUCAGAUAACGUAUGGGUCGACACAAGCUUCAUGAGCGAUUGCAACUACGAUCGUCCCGGUGGCACACAAGAUGAAGACGAAGAAGCGGAAGAACAUAGAAAGGAGUGGAACGAUUAUGCUAAUAGAAUGCUUCAACUACGAGGAAACGACUCCAUAGAUGAUGGUAUAAACAUGGUCUUUGGGGAAGAGGUAGAGGGGAUGGAGGAUGACUGGAGUGACGAAAGCGACUCCGAUGACGAAGAAGACGGCCUCAUACACACAGACAGGAAGAUCUUGAGCCAUACGAGAUUACCUGGUCAAGUCCCAGGGUUGAGUAUCCAGCGACCAGUGUUCUCGCUUAGUUGGCAGAAGCAAACAGAAGCAAGGGAAACAGACGAGACGAAGGGCGACGCUACAUCACAUGAGUUUGAAGACGAAGAGGUGGAACAAGCAAUGCGAGAGAUGACUCCCGAAGCGAUGGAGCUUUCUGUAAAGUCAGCAGCAAAUAUUGAUAUGCCAACGGUUGCCAGUAGCAGAGCGGAGGAGAUGGGAGUGGUGCCGCCGGCCGAACCGGAGACCCAAGUAUCUCCUCGUCGCAGGAGUCACGAAGAGUUCAAUGAAUUUGGAGAGAUAAAGGAAGAGGAUAGUCCAACACAUAUACCUUUUGCCAGCUUCCUCAUUUGGCGCUCAAAUAGUCCUCCUGCGCUUAUCCCAUCGAUCAGUACACUUACAUAUACGUGCCUCACGAAACAAAAAAAUGAGCUGCCAAGAUUCAGCGGCGCCAUAGUUACACUGUUCCAGAGCUGGCUCAGUGGACAAGGUAAUCUCGAAGGCCUCCAUAACCAGAUGUUAGAAAUUGACGGUCACAGCAACGAUCAGUUCGCAGGUCAAGUGCACCGCGGGCGACUUUUCACCAUUUGGGUGAUGCUAUGUGGAUUCGAUCGGGAAUACUGCCAGGCCAAGAGGAGUGAUGCAACAACGAAGCCCAAGGUCAAGAGAACGGUCGAUAGGGGUACAGGCUACGACCAGAGUCACUUGAGCAUGCAGGAGAUGUUUGGUAGCAGGGAAUUUGAAGGCCGAGGUAGACAUCGAGCUUUGGACACGGAAAGGCAAAGAGACAGGUUUUACGAGAAUCUGUUCACCUUCCUCGCAGUGUUGUGUCCCAGUCCCGAUCACAACAAGCCAGACACCACGCGUUUCGAUGUCGACCCACCCAAGGCCGUCUUAUCGAUGUUGAUUAACAGCAAAGUUCUCGAUAAAGCCGCGGAGCUACUCCGAAACGACAGUUUGGACAAUGUGACCAAGAGAAAGAGCCUUUACAUGGCUUUCUUUGGCUUCCUCCGCAAUGUCGGAGUCCACAAACUAUCAAAACAGGCUGUCAUGUUCAAUGAGCGUAUUGUAUUCCCGGACGAUAUCGAUCUCCUGACGCUGUCUUUCAAAGGUCUUACAGGAAACUUGUCUGGCCAAAACGCCUCUGCACUCGCCGUGAAUCUUCGCAAUCUGAACAUCCAGAGCCAUGUCAUGCUAAACGGUGCUCAGAGGUCACGAAAUGAGUUUCAUGAUGAGCAAAGUAUGGACCUCUUGUGGCUUUGUCGCGAGAUAUCCGACCUUUCCCAGUACCUCGAGAUUGGGGAAGGCAAUGCAGGGCCGGUGGAUCAUGGUAUCGUCGAAGUGCCAGAUGAUCAGAUCUGGCCAUGUUUCCAUUUUGCGAGAGAAGCGCAGAUGAUUACUCAAUCGCCGAGGGGUCGUGUCAAACGACUCAUCACAGAGAUAACGACCUUGAAGACAGGGCUGUCUUCUGGUAUAUAUGUCAAACAUGGCAUGUCCAGACUUGAUGUGAUGAAAAUUCUUAUUGCAGGCCCUGAAGGCACGCCAUAUGAGAACGGUCUUUUUGAGUUCGAUCUUUGGUGUACAGCCGAGUUCCCUUACAAACCUCCACAAAUGUUCUUUCGAGGUACACAAGGCGGCCAACUCAUAAUCAAUCCAAAUCUCCACAAGAAUGGAAAAGUGUGUCUAUCCCUGCUUGGUACUUGGCCAGGCGAAAAAUGGCGUCCAGGCGAAUCGACCAUCCUCCAGGUCCUAAUCAGUAUCCAAGCUAUGAUCUUUGUUGCUGAUCCCCUCGACAACGUCCCAGCGGAUCACUCAAAGGCAGGCGUCGAAAAUCUUUACAGUGUCAAAUUUAUUAGUGGCUUGACGACGAAAUGCCGCCAUAUGCCCGAGGAGGCCGAUCCAGUGGUCCUGGUAGUAUGA